AGGCUUUAUUUUUCAAUUUCCACUUAGGCCUCUUAUGAAGGAGCUGGAGGGGAAAUAAAAUAUACAGGAUGAAAAGAUGGCAAUGUUGCCUCCCCCAGGACCUCAGAGCUUUGUCUACUUCACAAAACAGUCUCUUGCCCUCAUUGAACAACGUAUUGCUGAAAGUAAAGCAAAGGAACCCAAAGAAGAAAAGAAAGACGAUCAUGAAGAAGGCCCAAAGCCAAGCACUGACUUGGAAGCGGGCAAGCAACUGCCCUUCAUCUACGGGGACAUCCCUCCAGGCAUGGUGUCAGAGCCGCUGGAGGACCUGGACCCCUACUAUGCAGACAAGAAGACUUUCAUAGUAUUGAACAGAGGGAAAGCAAUCUUCCGUUUCAAUGCCACACCUGCUCUGUACAUGAUCUCUCCUUUCAGUCCUCUGAGAAGAAUAUCUAUUAAGAUUUUAGUACAUUCCUUGUUCGGCAUGCUUAUCAUGUGCACUAUUCUGACAAACUGCAUAUUUAUGACCAUGAGUAACCCUCCAGACUGGGCCAAGAACGUAGAGUACACUUUUACUGGAAUAUAUACUUUUGAAUCACUUAUAAAAAUCCUUGCAAGAGGCUUCUGUAUAGGAGAAUUCACUUUCCUUCGUGACCCAUGGAACUGGCUUGAUUUUAUCGUCAUUGUUUUUGCAUAUGUGACAGAGUUUGUGGACCUGGGCAAUGUCUCAGCGUUGAGAACAUUCAGAGUUCUCCGAGCACUGAAAACUAUUUCAGUCAUUCCAGGCCUGAAGACCAUCGUGGGGGCCCUGAUCCAGUCGGUGAAGAAGCUCUCAGACGUCAUGAUCCUGACGGUGUUCUGUCUGAGCGUGUUUGCGCUGAUCGGCCUGCAGCUCUUCAUGGGCAGCCUGAAACACAAAUGUCUGCGGGCUUCCCUUGAAAGUAAUGAAUCAAGCACGUUGGACGACCUUGAUGAAGAGCUCUACAGAGGUACGACCGUCCCUACAGUGGCUCAGAGCUUACACUCCAUAACCUUCUACUGUUCAAUUUCUUCCCACACAGAUUAUUUUUAUUUCUUGGAGGGAUCUAAAGAUGCUCUCCUCUGUGGUAACAGCACAGACUCAGGUCAGUGUCCAGAAGGGUACGUAUGUGUGAAAGGAGGCAGAAACCCAGACUAUGGCUACACGAGCUUUGACACUUUCGGUUGGGCCUUCUUAGCCUUGUUUAGGCUAAUGACCCAGGAUUACUGGGAAAACCUUUACCAACAGACACUGCGUGCUGCUGGGAAAACAUACAUGAUCUUCUUUGUUGUGGUGAUUUUCCUGGGCUCCUUUUAUCUAAUAAACUUGAUCCUGGCUGUGGUUGCCAUGGCCUACGAAGAACAGAACCAGGCAAAUAUCGAAGAAGCCAGGCAGAAAGAGUUAGAAUUUCAACAGAUGUUAGAUCGACUUAAAAAAGAGCAAGAAGAAGCGGAGGCAAUAGUGGAGGCAGUAGCUGGAUAUACAAGUAGAAGGAGAAGCCGGAUUAUGGGCCUCUCUGAGAGUUCUUCUGAAACAUCUAAACUGAGUUCUAAAAGUGCAAAAGAAAGAAGAAACAGAAGAAAGAAAAAAAAUCAAAAGCUCUCCGGUGGGGAAGAAAAGGGAGAUGAUGAGAAAUUGUCCAACUCGGAUUCAGAAGAGACUAUCAGGAGAAGAAGUUCCCACCUUGGUGUUGAAGGCCACAGGCGAGCCCGGGAAAAGAGAUUGUCUACCCCUAAUCAGUCACCGCUUAGCUUCCAUGGCCCCUUGUUUUUUCAAAGGCGCAGCAGCAGAACAAGUCUUUUCAGUAUCAUGGGCCGAGGAAAAGAUAUUACGUCUGAGAAUGAAUUUGCCGACGAUGAGCACAGCAUUUUCGACGGCAAUGAGAGCCGAAGGGGCUCCUUGUUUGUGCCCCACCCGCCUCGGGAGCGGCGCAGCAGCAACAUCAGUCAAGCCAGUAGGUCCCCCCCAAUGCUGCCGGUGAACGGGAAGAUGAACAGUGCGGUGGACUGCAACGGUGUGGUCUCCCUGGUUGAUGGACCCUCCGCCCUCAUGCUCCCCAAUGGACAGCUUCUGCCAGAGGGUACAAACAACCAAAUACACAAAAAACGACGUUCCAGUUCUUAUCUCCUUUCUGAAGAGAUGAUGAAUGAUCCCCAUCUCAGACAAAGAGCUAUGAGUAGAGCAAGCAUACUGACAAACACUGUGGAAGAACUUGAAGAGUCCAGACAAAAAUGUCCACCUUGGUGGUACAGAUUUGCAUACACAUUCCUGAUCUGGAAUUGCUCUCCAUUCUGGAUAAAAUUUAAAAAGCUUAUGUAUGUUAUUGUAAUGGAUCCAUUUGUAGAUCUUGCAAUUACCAUUUGCAUAGUUUUAAACACGUUGUUCAUGGCGAUGGAGCAUCACCCAAUGACUGAAGAAUUCAAAAAUGUGCUCAUUGUGGGAAAUUUGGUCUUUACUGGGAUUUUUGCAGCUGAAAUGGUUUUAAAACUAAUCGCCAUGGACCCAUAUGAGUAUUUCCAAGUAGGAUGGAAUAUUUUUGACAGCAUUAUUGUGACUUUAAGUUUAGUAGAGCUUUUUCUAUCAGAUGUGGAUGGCUUGUCAGUUCUUCGAUCAUUCAGACUGCUCCGAGUGUUCAAAUUGGCAAAAUCUUGGCCAACACUGAACAUGUUGAUAAAGAUCAUCGGCAACUCAGUGGGGGCCCUGGGAAACCUCACCUUGGUGUUGGCCAUCAUCGUCUUCAUUUUUGCCGUGGUCGGCAUGCAGCUCUUUGGUAAAAACUAUAAAGAAUGUGUCUGCAAGAUCAAUGAAGACUGUACGCUCCCACGCUGGCACAUGCAUGACUUCUUCCACUCCUUCCUGAUUGUGUUCCGCGUGCUGUGUGGAGAGUGGAUAGAGACCAUGUGGGACUGCAUGGAGGUCGCUGGUCAAGCCAUGUGCCUUAUUGUUUACAUGAUGGUCAUGGUCAUUGGAAACCUGGUGGUCCUCAACCUAUUUCUGGCUUUAUUAUUGAGCUCAUUUAGUUCAGACAAUCUUACAGCAAGUGACGAGGAAACUGAUGUAAACAACCUCCAGAUAGCAGUGGCCAGAAUUAAGAAGGGAAUAAAUUACAUGAAACAGAGCGUACGUGAAUUUAUUCUAAUGACAUUUUCCAAAAGGCCAAAGAUUUCCAAAGGGACACGACAAGCAGGAGAUCUAAAUAGCAAGAAGGAAAACGAUAUCUCUAACCGUACACUUGCUGAAAUGAACAAAGAUCACGAUUUCCACAAGGAAAAAGAUAAAAUAAGUGGUAUUGGAAGGAACACAGACAAAUACUUGAUGGGAGAAAGUGAUUUUCAUUCAUUUAUUGAUAAUCCCAGCCUCACAGUGACUGUGCCAAUUGCAACUGGAGAAUCUGAUUUGGAGAUUAUGAACACUGAGGAACUUAGCAGUGAUUCAGAUAGUGAAUACAGCAAAGGGAAACUGAACCAGUCAAGUUCCUCUGAGUGCAGCACAAUUGAUAACCCUCUGCCAGAAGAAGAGGCCGAGGCGGAGCCUGUGAAAUCAGAUGAGCCAGAGGCAUGUUUUACAGAUGGUUGCAUACGGAGGUUCCCAUGCUGUGACGUUAGCAUAGACUCAGGAAAAGGAAAAAUCUGGUGGAAUAUCAGGAAAACAUGCUUUAGGAUAGUUGAACACAACUGGUUUGAAAGCUUUAUUGUCCUCAUGAUCCUGCUCAGCAGUGGCGCUCUGGCUUUUGAAGAUAUAUAUAUUGAGAAGAAAAAGACCAUUAAGAUUAUCCUGGACUAUGCUGACAAGAUAUUCACUUACGUCUUCAUUCUGGAAAUGCUUCUAAAAUGGGUAGCAUAUGGUUAUAAAACAUAUUUCACCAAUGCCUGGUGUUGGCUGGACUUCUUAAUUGUCGAUGUUUCCUUGGUUACUUUAGUUGCAAAUACUCUUGACUACUCAGACCUCACCCCCAUUAAGUCCCUUCGGACACUUAGAGCGUUAAGACCUCUAAGAGCUUUAUCUAGAUUUGAAGGAAUGAGGGUGGUCGUGAAUGCGCUUAUAGGUGCAAUCCCUUCCAUCAUGAAUGUGCUACUUGUGUGUCUGAUAUUCUGGCUGAUAUUUAGCAUCAUGGGAGUAAACUUGUUUGCGGGCAAGUUUUAUGAGUGUGUCAACACCACAGAUGGGUUACGGUUUCCUGCAAGCAAAGUCCAAAAUAAGUCCGAGUGUUUUGCACUGAUGAAUGUUAGUCAAAAUGUGCGAUGGAAAAACCUGAAGGUGAACUUUGAUAACGUUGGACUUGGUUACCUGUCUUUGCUUCAAGUUGCAACAUUUAAAGGAUGGAUGGAUAUUAUGUAUGCAGCUGUUGAUUCUGUUAAUGUUGACAAGCAACCCAUAUAUGAAUCCAACCUCUACAUGUAUAUUUAUUUUGUCAUCUUUAUCAUCUUUGGGUCAUUCUUCACUUUGAACUUGUUCAUUGGUGUCAUCAUAGAUAAUUUCAACCAACAGAAAAAAAAGCUUGGAGGUCAAGACAUCUUUAUGACAGAAGAACAGAAGAAAUACUAUAAUGCAAUGAAAAAGUUGGGAUCUAAGAAACCACAAAAGCCAAUACCUCGACCAGGGAACAAAUUCCAAGGAUGUAUAUUUGACCUAGUAACAAACCAAGCUUUUGAUAUCAGCAUUAUGGUUCUUAUCUGCCUCAACAUGGUAACCAUGAUGGUAGAAAAAGAGGGACAAAGCCCAUACAUGACUAAUGUCCUCUAUUGGAUAAAUGUGGUUUUCAUUAUCCUCUUUACUGGAGAAUGUGUGCUGAAACUGGUCUCCCUCAGACACUACUACUUCACCGUAGGAUGGAACAUUUUUGAUUUUGUGAUUGUGAUUAUCUCCAUUGUAGGCAUGUUUCUGGCUGACCUGAUAGAAAAAUAUUUUGUGUCCCCUACCCUGUUCCGAGUGAUCCGUCUUGCCAGGAUUGGCCGAAUCCUACGUCUGAUCAAAGGGGCGAAGGGGAUCCGCACGCUGCUCUUUGCUCUGAUGAUGUCCCUCCCUGCGUUGUUUAACAUCGGCCUCCUGCUCUUCCUGGUCAUGUUCAUCUACGCCAUCUUUGGAAUGUCCAGCUUCGCCUAUGUUAAAAAGGAAGCUGGAAUUAAUGACAUGUUCAACUUUGAAACCUUUGGCAACAGCAUGAUCUGCCUGUUCCAGAUUACCACCUCUGCUGGCUGGGACGGGUUGCUAGCACCUAUUCUUAAUAGUGGACCCCCAGACUGUGACCCUAAAAAAGUUCAUCCAGGAAGUUCAGUUGAAGGAGACUGUGGCAGCCCAUCUGUCGGGAUAUUCUAUUUUGUUAGCUACAUCAUCAUAUCCUUUCUGGUUGUGGUGAACAUGUACAUCGCUGUCAUCCUGGAGAACUUCAGUGUUGCCACUGAAGAAAGUGCAGAGCCCCUGAGUGAGGAUGACUUUGAGAUGUUCUACAAGGUUUGGGAGAAGUUUGACCCCGAUGCUACCCAGUUUAUAGAAUAUAGAAAACUCUCUGACUUUGCCGCUGCCCUUGAUCCUCCUCUGCUCAUAGCAAAACCAAACAACGUCCAGCUCAUUGCCAUGGAUCUGCCCAUGGUCAAUGGUGACCGCAUUCAUUGUCUUGACAUCUUAUUUGCUUUUACAAAACGUGUUUUGGGUGAAGGUGGAGGGAUGGACUCUCUUCGUUCACAGAUGGAAGAAAGGUUCAUGUCAGCAAAUCCUUCUAAAGUGUCCUAUGAACCCAUCACAACUACACUAAAACGGAAACAAGAGGAUGUGUCUGCUACUGUCAUUCAGCGUGCUUACAGACGUCACCGCUUAAGGCAAAAUGUCAAAAAUAUAUCAAGUAUAUACAUAAAAGAUGGAGACAGAGAUGAAGAUUUGCCCCAUAAAGAAGAUACGGUUUUUGAUAAAGUUAAUGAGAACUCAAGUCCAGAAAAACCAGAUGCAACCCCAUCUACCGUCUCUCCACCUUCUUAUGACAGUGUAACAAAACCAGACAAAGAGAAAUAUGAAAAAGACAAAACAGAAAAGGAAGAUAAAGGAAAAGAUGGCAAGGAAAGCAAAAAAUAGCGCUUCACAUUUAAUACACUGUUUACAGCCUGUGAAGGUGACUUAUUUGUGUCAAUAAGACUCUUUUAAGGAGGUCUAUGCCAAAACUUUUUACCAAAAUAUUCUCAAAGUCAGUGCAGUCACUAGCUCUGAUUCCUUAAGAUAGGUGGGCAGCAUUAGCAAAUGGCUAUUUUUGCACUGGUAAAUGAUUCUGUAAGAAUUGUAGGGUAACUCUAUAGGGAUUAUUGAUUACAGCAGGCAAAGGUAAUUUAAUUUUAUUUGCUUUUAAUAAAUCACAAGACCAUGUAGGAAAUGUUCACACCUGUCUUGUCAUCUUUUCACAAGAUUGUAAACAUUCAUGUUUCCCACUCAAAUACAAACACACACACACACACACACACACACAUGCACAUAUCUAUAUUUGGACAUCUACAAAAGUAUUUUGUCUUGGCUUUGCCAUGAAAUACCCUGAUAGAAGGAAUGGACAUUAGUAAUGAGUGUUUAGUUAAAACAUGUUGGUGUUAGGGAACAAAACACUUUUAUCCAUGUAUAGAGGUCAUUCUAUAUUUUGAGGUGCUUAAAUUUAUUCUAUAUUGCAUCAGAACCAAUUUAUAUGUACCUAUAAAAUGCUAUGGAAUUAAAAACAUGUGUAGGCUAUUCAUUUCAACAAAUACUUUUCAUUUAUCUUGACUCAUGUAACAACCAGAAUUAAGAUUUACCUUUAGAAUAUUGUGCUUUAUAGCCUGUCUUUUUUAUAUCCUUCUUAGUUCAUACAACCAAAGAACAUGAAAACUUAUUCCAAGUACUACAUAUCACAUCCCUCGAAAGAAAAAGAUGAAGAUAAUUGAAAAAAGAGGCAAUGGAAGAAAGCUUUCUUUACUAUUACUUAUAUAAUCUCACACUACACUAUGCUGCCCAAAAAUAUCAAUAAUGACACAACUUUUCAUAUCUCUUGUCACAUUUUUGUCUGCUGUCUCAUGCACUAUUGUUUAGUCAUUCUUUAGCACUAAGCAAAAUUGUUAAUUCCCUUCAAUGACAUGCUUCCUGAUAUGCAGAUCACUAUUUAAUACCAUGGUACAUGACUGGAGCACAGUAUUUACUCCAUCACCUCAAUACCAUCCUAAAUGUGUGUGGCAAACUUUGAAGUCAUAAUAUAAGACAAACUUUCAACCCAAAAUUGUCUUUAGAAUGAACAAAAAAAGCAUUUGACUGGGAUUCUUGCCAACUUGCUUUCUUGUCACUUAAUUUACUUUCCUAAUUUGUACAAGCAAUCCUUUUAGAUGGCUAAUCUUUCAUCUGAAAAUGAGGAGGAUGUCACUUUGCACUUAAAAUUCCAUGACUAUGAGGUAUAUUAUGCAUCAAUCAAUAAAGUACCCUGAGUUUAUAACUUACUGAGCACAUAAUUCAUUUUACUUUAGCUGGUGUCUUCUUACCAAGGGUUAUAAAUCUAGCUUUUAAGAAAUUCUUGUUAAUAGUGGCUUGAAAACAAUGGCCAUGAUGAAGUUUUUCAUCAUUUCAUUUCAGGAAUAUGAGGUCUUUCUCCUACCGAGUUUUACAGUUUUAAAAAUUGAGUUAUGUAAGGAGAAAGUAGUUUUAUUUAGAUUUUGUGCGAGUUUCAUUCUAGAAGAUACCUCAUGCUUUCUUAAAUUAAAAGGGAACAUGAAUUAUAUUUCUGUAAUCAGUACUUAAACAUAUAUUUUGUUGUUAUGGCUAGUUAAAAAUAAAGGAUUUUUAAACUUACCUAUAGAGAUGAAGAGGUAUGGGUAGAGAAUGAGAGACAGAAAGGAGAGACUAACAAACAUAGAUAGGGGAAAGUCAGAUAGAAACAGACAUUUCCACAGAACUUCCUAUCUAGAAAAAUUUUUAAUUGUGAUGUAUUUUAUAAUGCCCAUGAUGGAGAUUAUCACAUGUAGACAUUUGUCAUAAGGUACAUAUGAAAUUAAAUCUAGGGCCAAAGAUUCUUUACAUCUAUGUUCAAUCAUUCAUCUUUGAUUAUUUGAGCCACUUUUCAAUUUAAUAUGAAAGAUACCAUGCAGUGUUUUCCUAGAUUCUGUAGAGCAUUGCAUCACAUACCUGCUAAGCCUAUUAAAAAUACAUUUUGACAAUUUAAUUAGGGGACCAUACAAAAUACGUUAUAUUUGUAAGAUUUGUAAUACAUUAAAUUAAUAAAUUAAUAUCACCUUAAAUUUGAAGUAAGUCUACCCUUAUUAUUUUAAACACAUAUAAAUGUAACUGCAUUUUGCAUAUUUAUAGACUAUAGUAUGAAAAGAUGUGUGGUGGGCAGGUUUAUGUGGGAUUUACUCUCAAUGUUUUUACAUGUCUUGAUUUUUAUGUAAAAGAAAAAAUAUUGGCAACUGAUUCCUCAACACAGUUUCUUCUGAGCAUUCCAAAAAAUGAUAAAGUUUCUCUUUCUCCUAUUUGAUGCUGAACUAUAAUUUUUAAAAAAUAUAAAAUACUUGUUUUUUAUACAUAUAUAUGUUUACCCAGAAAUGCCUAGUUUUGCCUUUUUAUCAAUUAAGAACAAUAUUUGAAAGUAAGAUAUCAUUCAGUACAGUGUAAACUUGAAUAAAAAGUACACUUUUCAUGUAGGUUACUGUUUGGCUCUGAUUAUGAAAUAUCACUCCCCCAAGGCAUUGUCAUACUAAUAUUAAAAUUACACAAUCACUGAACUCAUUUCACCUAAUGAUGUAGAAUGGCAGUUACACUGUAAAAUUUAAGUGAGAAUAAAAUGGAAGCAAACAUAUUUGAAUACAAAUCUAUACAUAUAAAUUUGGAUGAAAGUGGGAGAAUCUCAUUUUACCUUUUUGAUUGUUACAUCAUUUACAAAAGACAUAAGUGACUUGUGGGCUGAUUCUUAAAUGCUGGUUAUUAAAUCUCAACCCAAAAUGUCCAUCAUGAUUUUAUAGAAUUUUUAGUAGCUUUAUUACAAAGAGUUAAAAUAAAAUGCUUUUGUAAAUAAAGCAGUUCUAAAUAGAAAUUUUGGAAAAUGUUAAUGAAAGUACGUAAUGAAACGAGGGCCAGCUAAGUUAGUAUGGCCAAGUAAUUGGCCUGGGUUUAGGGCCUAUGUAUAGAGGCCACCAAUUUAUUUAAAUAGCUCUGGUUUAUUAUGUUAUGUUUUUGAAGAAAACAAGAAUUGCUUCACAAAAAUAAAUGAAUAGCCAUGAAUAUAAUAUGCUGUUUACAUAGAAGUCUUUACAAAUUUUAUACAUCUAUGAAUGCUCAUAUUUGAGUUUGAGUUUGUCAUCAAUUAAAUUGUAGUUAUAUUUGAGACACACUGUAACAGAAUCUAUAAAUAAAAGG